GCCAGCCAGUAGCCACCAACCUUUUCACGCUUGAAACCCCACUCUCACUCACUGUCUCACUCCCACCUCAUUAAAUACGCCCGCACGAACCCACAAAGCCUCUGCGAGCUCACUCACUCACUCGCUGCCUUGUCUGUGUGAGUGCGCGCGAGCAGCCAAGAACCCAGGAAACCAGCAAUGGCGACGGCGCAGGCGCUGGCGACCGUCGUGGUCGCGUUGUUCCUGGCGCAGUUCCUGGCGCAGGGCGCGUCGGCGGCGACGCUGGCGCUGUACAACCGGUGCGGCGAGACGGUGUGGCCCGGCAUCCAGCCGAGCGCCGGGAAGGAGCUCCUGGCGCGCGGCGGCCUGCAGCUGGCACCCAACCACGCCACCUCCAUCCGCCUGCCCACCGGCUGGUCCGGCCGCGUCUGGGGACGGCAGGGCUGCAAGUUCGACGCUGCCGGGCGCGGCCUCUGCGCCACGGGCGACUGCGGCGGGGCGCUCUACUGCAACGGCGCCGGCGGCGCUCCGCCCGCCACGCUGGCCGAGAUCACCCUGGCCUCCGUCCCCACCGCGCAGGACUUCUACGACGUGAGCCUGGUGGACGGCUACAACAUCCCCAUCGCCAUGACCCCGUUCCACGGCUCCGGCGCCAACUGCGUCCCCGCCGGGUGCGUCAGCGACCUCAACCGCGUCUGCCCCACGGGCCUGGCCGUCCGCGGCGGCGACGGGAACCGCGUCGUCGGGUGCCGCAGCGCGUGCGCCGCCUACGGCGCGCCGCAGUACUGCUGCACGGGGCAGUUCGGGAGCCCGCAGCAGUGCAAGCCCACGGCGUACUCGCGGUUGUUCAAGUCGGCGUGCCCCAAGGCCUACUCCUACGCCUACGACGACCCGACCUCCAUCCUCACCUGCUCCGCCGGUGCAUCCUACGUCGUCACCUUCUGCCCUCACCACCGCUGAACCAAGCGAGCUUACGGAGAAAUCAAUGGCGCUUACGAUGCUGAAGACACCUUAGUUCUAGCCUAGUUAGCCUGCGCGUGUGCGUGGCAGCGUUGCUUGUUGUUCUUGGUUCUUGGUGCUGUCGUUGCGCCUUGUGUUAGGGUGGUAAACUGGUAGCGUGAUGCGUUAAGGACCUGGUGGUCUACCGCUGGUAGGCCGGAAGGGGUAUAUGGGUAUAUGCCAUUACUGCUAUUUUUUUCACUUGGAACUUGCUAUCUGAUA